GGGUCUAAGAGCUUGCAGUGCAAUUCUGCGUUGGGUUUUCUCUUGAGGGUCUUUGAGUUUCUCAAAAACAAAAGAAAAAGGAAGGGUCUUUUAGCUCUUACAAUGUCUUCCUCUGAGCAAGAGCUUGAGGAGCAGCUUAAGGAGACUGGAAAUAGUCUCCUGAACACUCCUUCUGGCACUGAUGAGCUUCUCAAACUUCUUGAUGACGCUAACGAUUUGUUGGACAAUGUUGAGCAAGGACCACCCAGAUCCAUGCAAGAUGCACUUCUACCCUUAAUGAAAGCAUUAAUUUCUAAUGAACUGUUGAGGCACUCAGAUGUGGAUGUGAAGCUUUCUGUUGCAUCUUGCCUUACUCAGAUUACAAGAAUAACAGCACCGGAUGCCCCAUACGAUGAUGAACGGAUGAAGGAAAUCUUUCAGCUGACUGUAGCAUCUUUUGAAAAUUUGUCACAUGAGUCCAGUCGUUAUUAUACAAAGGCAGGUUCCAUUCUUUGUAUUGUUGCGAAGGUCAGGUCAAGCUUGUUGAUGAUGGACCUUGACUGCGAUGCCUUAAUUCUCGAGAUGUUUCAACAUUUCCUUAAAAUAACCAAGUCCAACCUUCCAGAUGCUGUAUUUUCAGCCAUGGAAAGAAUUAUGACAAUGGUUUUAGAUGAAAGUGAAGAAAUUCCCUUGGAUAUUCUAAAAGCUCUUUUAUCUAGUGUUAGAAAGGAAAAUCAGGAUCAGACCGUUUCACCUAUUUCUUGGAAACUGGGGGAGAAAGUUAUAGAGAAUUGUUCUGCUAAGCUUAAAUCUUAUCUCGUGGAAGCAGUGAAGUCCAUGGACAUUGCUUUGGAAGAUUAUGCUGAAAUAGUGGCUUCUGUAUACCAAAAUGGAUCUGAUGCCCUCAAAAAUGAUAAUGACAAUGAUUCUGGGAAAAAUCUGGUGACAGAGGGACUUUCAUUUGCUGAGAUACUGGAUGCUUACCAAAAGAGGGGAAUUGCAGCCCCCGGUGCUGUUAAUCCUAGAGAAGCUGGCAAAACUGUGGCUGCUCCUACUAAGGAUGAACACAAUGUCAGACAAAAAGUUUCUAAACAAUUACAGCAUUGCCAUCUUACUAAACAUUCCAAGUGUAUUGAUUCAAGAGAUGGUGCUCAACUGGACAAUUCGGGCUCGCUGAAGGCUACCAAAUCAGAAGUUGAGCCAUACUCAGGUCCCAAAAAGAGAGGGCGGAAGCCAAAUUCUUCAAAGAAUUCAGAGGAAGGCCAUGACCACUCUCAACCUAACAAUUCAUUCUCUCCGAAGGCUGUCAAAUCAGAAAUUGAGCCAUACUCAGCUCCCAAAAAGAGAGGCAGGAAGCCAAAUUCUUUGAUGAAUCCAGCAGAAGGCUAUGACCAUUCUUGGAUACAUACUGGGAGAAAAACUCAAAAACGCAGAAAGUCUAAUGACAAGGGAUCUGAUGCUUCACCCGCUGAAGGUCGGCUUCAUGGAAAGGCUGCUUUGCAUUUAACACUUGAAAAGGUGACUGAGCCACCAGGUUUAGAACCUAAACCUGAAGCGGACAUUGGAGCUUCUUCUCUGCUUCCUCAAAAUAACCCUCCUGGUGGAACCCAACGCAGAAGGGGUCGACCAAAAAAGCAGGUUGUGGCCGAUCAUUCAGCUAACCGUGGUCCCCUAUUUGCUGCGAGGCGAGAGUUCUCAAGUACUCAGGCUGAGGAGAGAAUUGCGCAAAAAACAGAUACCCAUCUGACUCAGGGAUUUAAGGAGACCAGUACCUUUGAAGCAAAAGCACGGGGGCAUCCUAGAGCUCUAGAACGUGCUGAAAAGACAAGUGAGGAGUGCUUGCUUGCUUCCAUACCUGUUGUCACAGAUAUGGAAGCUGCCAUUCCCUUUGAUCCUGAUGAAAAACCACAGCAACAGUCAGCUUUGGAUGUUGCAUCUGGGCGUACCAAUGAUCAAUCAUAUGUCCGAACGGGUACUAAGACACGUAGGGGGAAUGCUACUUCUAGUAAGGAGAGUACCAAAGCAUCUGGUAGCAAGAAGAUUUCUAAGUCUGCGACAAAGUUGAGUGAAGAUAAUGAAGGAACACAUAAAGUGGUUCUGAAGAGGAAGUGUACCAUUGAAAAGGAAGAGGCGUCUCAAAUGCCUGAUCUUGAUGAGCGAUUGGUUGGCAGUAGAGUAAGGGUUUGGUGGCCAAUGGACAAAGCGUUUUAUGAAGGUGUUGUUUCUUCUUACGACCCUGCUAAAAAGAAGCACUUGGUGUUGUAUGUUGAUGGGGAUGAAGAAAAUCUAAAUCUCAAAAAGCAACGUUGGCAACUGAUCGAUGAUGUUUUACCAGAUUUUGAACAGGUCCAAAUGGAGAAUCUGCCAAAACCUGAAGCUUCUUCUGAUACACCACAAAAGAGAAAACGGAAAACAAAAUCAGAGACAUCUAAACAAGAAAACGCUGGGUUGUCCUCGAAAAGGAUAUCUAGACGUGGAGUGUCAGCUGGCUUAUCCAUCGUUGAGUGUAUGAAGUCCGGUAGUAAAUCUGCAGAUUGUUCUACACUAGGUGAGCUUAAAGUUAUUAAUGGUGAGGAGGAUGAUCAAUCCAAGGAAAAUGACAGAUUGAUGGAUGAUGGCCAAGUGUCUGCUGGCAAAUUGGAGGCAGAAACGAAGACUGGUAUUGACUCCGCACAGAUAGCACCUGAGACUAUGACCUCAUCUAAGGGAGAGAGUCCCAAACUUGAUACUGAACCUUCUGGUGGGGAAUGUGCCAAAGAACUGAAAGAAUUGAGCGAGUGUGCAGGGAAUGCGAUCCAUCCCUUAACCUGAGUUAGACAAGGCCGUGUAUAGAGAUGACAAGUAGUGAUGGGGAGGCUCAAAAGCACAUGAUUUUUCCUCUAGUACUGAAAGUGUCGGUUAGUCUCUGUUUUGUUCCUUUUGUAGACACAGAAACAUGCACCCGGUGGUUUUUGGCCCUCUGAUGUAGGUUUUAAAUCAAGUGUCUUUUUAAACUGUUAUGAAAGGGUUAUUUGCUCUCCCAUAGUUUGUGCUUUCCCCAUUACCUAGUAUGGUUGCCUUCAAACAUGAGUACCAUAUGAUAUCAUAUAUGAAGUCUUUUUGAGUAUAUAUAUGUCUCAGUGCUCUCGCUUUCUCGAACACACACACAAAGUAAUAUAGAUGUAAUCUUAGGGAUGAA